AUGUAUAAAGACCUCCUAGAACUGGAAAAACACGGCAAACAGAAUAAAGGAUGUCUUCUGCACGCAAUGUCAGGCGAUCCUGUGCGAACUGUCGGUAUGGAACCAAGGUUCUCUCUUUUCCAAGAUCCCGCUUUAACUGACCUCGACGAUUCUGAUUUUUGGAAAAAUAGAAGGCUGAAAAUUCGAUGUGACGAGGCAAGACCUAUCUGCGGCCAAUGUACCCGAAGAGCUCAUCUUCUCCAAGGCGAAGAAUGCGAGUAUGCAGAUUUUUCGGGGAGGACUGAAUCUGAAGUGCUCCAAGAGAGGAUUUAUGGUCUUGAAGCGAGGAUAAGGGACCUCGAAGCACCGAAACCAGAGCGAGGUUCUCUGCGCCUAUUUCAACCGUAUCCUGAGGGUCAAGAUCGUGGCCAAUCCUCUCAAGUAACGGAAGCUAGUUCAAAUAGCCUGGAACACAUCCACGCAUCUACACCAUUGGUACCUACGCAACUUCCGGAAUUGUCGUUGGAGAGACACCAGUCGCUCCUAAAGUCUGUUUUAUCCCAAUCAUUCAACCUCGGAUUUUUCCUAAACCCUACUCGUUUCUGGGACACGGCACCGGGACACCCUUCGGACAGCCUAACCCCCGGCCUGCUCGGCACAAUUUAUGUGCUCGGGUCACAUCUUCAAUCUUCGGCUUCGGAGUCAGAAUUAGAAUCAGAGUCGGGGGAACAGCGUCCAUCCCAACUCCAACUCCAACUCCAACUCCAACACUCCCUUCCCCGUUCCCUAUCGGAAGUCCCGACCAUGUUAAACUCGACCCAUCCACACCGUACUGUACAUUCUAUCCAAGCAGAGGUCCUAUUAAGCACUUAUUUUUUCGAUACUGGCCGGAUGGUAGAGGGGAUGUAUCACUUGAAUCAAGCUGUUUCAGUGGUGAUUGGUGCUGGAUUAGAUCGACAUCGGGGUGGGGUCGGAAGCCGAAGUGCCGUUACCUCUAACCCUCACUCUCAUCAGGGGAUUGGGAUUGGGAUUGGGAUGUCGCCCCCUCGGCAGGCCAUCGAGGAAGGAGAGAGGAUCAACGCGUUUUGGAUGGUGUAUAUGCUCAGCAAUGUUUGGGGAGCUAUGGUUGGUAGUUAUGCAUUCGAGGGGAUCGGUACGCCUUGGGGGCAGUUUGAUUUGACUGACUAUGAACAAGUGCUAUACGGGGUACAUGCACUGGCACUGUGUGCUGAAAGUUCGAUUCUACUCAAUAGAGCAGCGACACUUACAUCAAGCUUUGACUCUAGUCCGUCCCUUUCCCUUCCUUCAGUGUAUACCAACCUUGGCUCAUUCGAUCCUCCAGAUUUAUCAGACACGGAAAAAAGACAAUUCUUCGACUCGUUCAAAGCGCUCGACAACCUUAUCGACUCUUUCAUCACCUCCCGACUUCCUCCAACAGCCAUGGAUGGAGUAGACCGUAACGCAGACCCCACAUCUCAAGGGUUCAGCGGGUUCGGGUUCAGUGUAGUCCUGUUGACUCAUACAAUCGCAUAUACCUCAUGUAUCCAACUCCACUCGCUAUUCAUCCACACCGACCCACAAUCCCUGGCUAAAUCGCUCGUAUCGGCGAAGGCUUCUGUGCAGCUCCUGAGACAAGGGCAAGCGUCUAGUAACGGUGGUAAUGGUAAUGUGCGGUCGUCGGCGUUCGUGGUGCCGAUAUUAGGGAUGUUGUGGACGAGUAUCGGAAUGGUCUUUUUGAAGGAGAUCGAAUUUUCCCGGCUUCGUCGCAGGGGAGGUGGAGAUGUAGAUAGAGAGGGCGAAAUGAUGUUGGAUCUGGAGUGGUUGUUGAAGACGAUGAGAGGAUUCUCGGGAAGGUCGGUUCUUAUGCGGAACCAGUACACGUUAUUACAGGAGGCGUUGAAACAAUUGACCUAG